AUGGAGACUUUCCUCUAUUACGCAGGGAAAGCCCUUUUUGAGGUGUGUCUGCAAAAAUACCUCAAGCAGCAAAGAAAACAGAGGGAGCACAUCCAUGAAGUAACAACAAGGCAUCAGGAGGAGCUGGCUGAAAAGAAUGCCAGAAUAACAGCUCUGGAAGAAGAAAAUAAAACACUUGCCAGCAAUAUGGCACGUAUUGUGGAAGAAAACAACGAAAUGAAAAAGAAACUCAAACAAAUGGAAGAAAGGCUUGUCCAGCUUACUCCUGAUGUCCCAAAAGCAAUAGAGAUGUUGAGGCAACGAGAGAUGAAGGCAAGGGAGGAGGAAGAGGAGAUGAGCUGCCAGUUUUCUUUUUUCUGAGAUUUCAAUCAACAAGUCAAAAAAGGGAACCAAACCGGCAAUCAACAUUCAGAUGAGAUUGAUUAGACAUCAAGAUUAACAUCAAACCACCAAUCAAAAAGUAAACCACGCCCCAGUGAACGAACUGCCAAACAAGCCAACAGUAGACGGCCCAACCCAAGAAGAUCACACAAACUACUACAAAGAACGGCAUGACAAAAUAGCAAC